AUGCGACUGUUGAACACAUGUACUCUAGGGCUGGAAAGCUUUGUUGGUGAUUACCCACCCUACGCCGUUCUGUCGCAUUGCUGGGGUGAGCAAGAAAUCAUGUUCUCAGAUGUCUUAAACCUUGCGGAAGCGAAGAAGAAGCAGGGUUUCGACAAGGUCGAGAAGACGUGCGAACAAGCAGUCAGAGAUGGUUUUGACUACGUUUGGAUAGACACUUGCUGCAUCGACAAAAGCAGCAGCGCAGAAUUGUCCGAAGCAAUCAAUUCCAUGUUCGCUUGGUACAAGGGGUCAAGCAAAUGCUAUGCUUAUCUAUCUGAUGUCGACGGACUUGACGGCUUUGCACGCAGCAAGUGGUUUACUCGAGCCUGGACAUUACAAGAGCUUCUGGCACCGAGUCAUCUUCAGAAUGGCGGAAAAUCGGGCAUGGACUUCUUCUCAAGCCAUUGGGUCAAGCUGGGUAGUAAAUCGGAUCUCAGCAACAUGAUCAAGGAUAUCUGUGGCAUUGAGAAGGAGUAUCUCGAAGGCCAAAGCAUUUACUCGGCAAGCAUCAGCAUGCGUAUGUCCUGGGCAGCUGAGCGGAAAGCGACAAGAUCAGAAGACAUUGCUUACAGCUUGCUGGGUCUUUUCGACGUCAACAUGCCAUUACUAUAUGGUGAGGGUAAGCUAAAG